AUGAUGCAACCGGCUUUUCUCGAUGUCAAGCGAGUGUACAGCUCAACUCCCCCAAUGGAACUGACUGGAGAAUUUAUCAAGGAAAUUAUCGACACCCACAAAGUCACUCACUACUUUGAGGUUCCCAAAUUUUAUAUAACCGUGUUAGAGGCUGCCGAUCGUUCUGGUGACCCAUCGAGCUUGAGUUCGAUGCAGUUGGCUCUGCUCGGUGGUGAAAGUGUCGGUGAAGCAUAUGAAGCUUAUUUGGCAAAAAUAACCCCACAGUGCAAGAUCGGAAGGUGCUAUGGAAUGACCGAAAUGGCUGGAGCAAUAGCUUCAUCAGAAUUGGCUACCAGAAGAAAUGUGAAUGGGGGAGUUCUGAGGAAAGGCUGUAUGGUGAAAAUAAUCGACAAGGACAAACACUCUCUCGGACCAAAUGAAAUUGGACGAGUUUGUUUGAAAACCUCGGCCCCAUUUUCGGGAUAUUUGAAGAAUAAAAUUGCCAACGACGAGACAUACAUUGAGGGAGGUUGGCUAUAUACCGGAGACUUGGGAAUGGUGGAUUCAGAUAAUUUGCUGCAUAUUUUUACAUCUUGGUAA